UUGAUAAGUCAUAUGAGCUUCAGGAUUCUUCCCUUUCAAACUCUCUUGGUAGAGGUCAACGAGAUGUUUGGGAGUCCUACAUGUCUUAGCCCAAUGAUUAUCCACACCACAUAUAUGACACACAGAUUUGGUCGAGUUUUGUGGCUUGAAAGAUGUACCACGGCCUCGGCCAUGUCCAUGGCCUCCAUAGGAGCCACAGCCAUAUGAGUUGCCUCGGCCUCAACCAAACGAGUUUCGGUCUCGACCACCACGUCCAUACCAUUUUCCACUACCACGGUCGUGUUGGCUAUCACUCUGGACAUGGGUCGACUCUUUCUUAGCCUCUACGGCGCAUGUGCCUCAUGUAAUGGGUUUGUUCCAGGAGGUCUCAAUUCACUGUUUCUCAUCAACAGUUCAUUGUUCUGCUCAACGAGCAAGAGACAAGAGAUCAAAUUAGCAUAAGUUGUGAAGCCCUUCUCACGAACUGUUGUUGUAACAACACAUUGCUUGUGUGGAAGGUGGAAAAGGUUUUGUCAAGCAUAUCCUUAUCCGUUAUAUCCUCACCACACAGUUUCAACUUGGAAACUAUUUUAAACAGGGCCGAGUUAUACUCGUCCACGAACUUAAAGUCCUGGAUUCUGAGAUUCCUCCAAUCAUAUCUAACCUUUGGUAAUAACACCGUUCUCUGGUGAUCAUAUCUCGUUUUCAACUCUGUCCAAAGGUCUAGAGGAUUCUCAAUAGUCAAGUAUUGAUCUUUGAGACUCACAAUAAGAUUAUGGCGUAUAAUUAAUAUCACAUUGUAUCUAUCUUUCUCACUUGCAUUAUUAUCCUCGGUGAUACAUUCACCGAGUCCCUUGGAUUUUAGGAUGAUCUUAGCAUCAAGUGCCCAUUGCAAGUAAUUAUCUCCAGAGAGAUUUAGGGCAGAAAAAUCCAAGUUGUUGAUUUUCGACAUCUGAAAUCAUAUGUUUCAAUCUUAGGUUUAUAAUGUUCUUAUAAUGCAUACAAGACAAUCAGAUAUGCAAAUUGGUCACACGACCAAACGGAUAUGAUGCAUUCAGUUCAUACGAUUAUGUAUGCAUGAUUUGCUAACAAGCCGCACGACAAAGGGUAUGAACAAUCCGAACAUGCAUGAUGCAAGAGAAGCCGCACGGCCAAGGGUAUGAACAAUCUUAUCCAACAGUUUCUAUAUGUUCAUAAUGCAAUCGUUUAUACAUCUUAGCAAAAUGGUUUCUAAGUGAUCAUGAAACAUGAAACCUCAAUCAAACAAUCAAGCAAUGCAUCAAAGGAUUUAGUUACUAUCAACCUAACGAUCAUAUUGAAUGAGAUUAAUGCAAUUAGGGUUUCAACAUAUGAACAAGGCCGGUCAGAUUGAAGUCUUAAAACAAGAUGGGAACUAAUCAACUUAGGCGAUUUCUAUCUCAAGAUAACAUCUAAUCGGUUCAUCAAUUCAAUCACCAAAUUCAAGUAUGAGAUUAAGCAAUCCUAGCAAUCAGUUCUAUGUGAUCAUAAUUCAAAACAUUCAAUCACAUAAACAAUCAAUCAAUUUCGAUUUCAAAUUAGGGUUUGCAUGGUAUGCAUGCGGCUAGGCUUUAGGGAAUUAGGGUUUCGAUUUUAAUCAAGCAAUAAGAUUCAAUUUAGGUUAUUAGGGAUUGGAUCUAUUGCCUUAGAGUUUGGUUCUUAGGUUUUAGUUUUACCUAAAUCUCAAGUAGGGUUGAAUGGACCACCAAAUAGAGAAGAGCCGCGAACGGAUUGCUUGCUGAUCGUCGCGAGCUGGAGCUGAUCGUCGAACGGUAUCGAGCUGCUAACGGGUCAUGUACGUGCUGCUUGCUGAGAUCAUCGCAUGCUGGAGCGGACUGAGGUCGUCUAUCGCGAACGGGAGCAAGCUGCUAUCGGGUCGCGUCAAACAGGCUGAGAUCGUGUCUCGCGAACGGGCUGAGGUUGCGAGCUGAGAACGGACUGAGGUCGCGUGCUGAGGACGGAUCGGGAACAAGGAUCGUGAUUCGGGUUCGUGAUCGUCGAUAGGGUUUAUCGAUGGGGAAUUAGGGUUUUAGGUCUCGGGAUUUUAGCUUAGGGUUCUUAGAGUAAUCGUGAUGAUAACGUGUUGUGAAACAAAAGAAUAGAAUCUGUAUGUUUCUGUAUAUUAUUCAUAAACAUAAGGAGUCCUUUAUAUAUAGGGAAUUACACCGUCAUAAAAUAUUGGAAAGACUAGAAUAUGGAAAUACAAAUAUGGAAAGAGUACAAAUCAUAAGUCUAAAGUAAAUAGGAAAGUAGCCAAAGGAGAAAAGGAAGUAGCCGACUCUCUCUCUCUCUCUAGGGUGCGGCCGUCUCUCUCUCCUCUCUAGACGGGCCGACUCUCUCUCUAAGUUAUGGGCCGGUUAUGGACAUCCACAAUAUGAUUUAUAACAAGAAAUGAUUUAUCCUAUGAUGUAUGCUUGCUUAUAUGUGGUUAUAUAUCUAAAUUAUUAAUAUUCUAUAAAUAGAUAAUACAACAAAUGCUACAACGUACUUUCAAGAAAGCAAUAAUAAAUGAUCUAUAUCGUAUAGUGAGGUAUUUAAAAUACGAGAAAGUAACGUUAUGGACCUAAUGUUUGGUCGUUAGCAUGGGUCGUUUACAUUAUUUCACUCAAAUUAUUAGUAUUGAGCCAUUGGGAGAAGAUUAUGCCAAUGGAAGUUUUGAAUAGGAUGUUAGAUAAAGGGGUGCGGAAUAAACUAAGCUUGAUGAGAUAAAAAAAAAAGUAAAAAUCAUGGAGGGUGGGUUACAAUUUUGGUUUAGUACAAGAUUGUAGAGUUCUUUAAAGUUUUUUAGAAGUUUAUUUCUAAACACAAAGUAUGCAUAUGAUGGAAAAAGUUAUACAACUGAGUAAAACUUUCUCCCAGACACAGUUAUCGAAACAACCAGUACCUCCAUGGCUUCCGACGCCGGCAGCUCCGUAGCUCGCCGGCGUCGCCGUCUCUCCACUGUUUUCCAGCACUCUGACCUUCUUCUUCGUUUUAUUCUGUUUUUUCACAAGGCUCUCGUGUAUUUGGGUUACGUAAUCUCUUCCGCCAUCGCUAUUUGUGAGAGAUGCGUUCAGUACCGAUUUUAUAUCUUCUGGCUUCUGUGUAGCCCUUCUCCAUCUCUCAUGGCUGCAAUAGUUCCAGAUCUGUGUCAGAAGACCUGCACUCCUCCUCAGGUUUGUGUUUCUCAGAUCUCAGAUCUCAAGUUAACGCGACAGGCGCCACCUUCCUUGUCUCCUAAGACCAUGACUUUUCUCCCUCCGGGGAAGAUCGAUUCUACUUGGUUCUGGUGUAAAAGAGGCUCAUGUAACAGUCCUCUCUGCUCACUGCUCGCUAGAUCUAUGAGCCUCAAUGGCUCUCAGAACUACUACCAAACUAUCCAAGCGAGGAACCUACUGUUCGACGAACCGCCGACCAAUCGCUGUUCAUUGCAAACACCGUUCGUAGCUACACUUACCAUCGACUGCUCACCGUGUCUCACCGUUUCAGACCUCAAUGACCAACGGCUCAGGUUUUGUUCCGUCAAACCUCUCUUGCUCCAAUACGGUAAUGCUGGAGUGGGAAGACUUUGGUUGGAUUCAAAGCUUGUCCCCUCGGAAAUUGGUGUCAAUCCCAUCUCUGUGUCCGCCGGUACGAAGGUGUCAAGCUCUUUAAAGACUGACCUAUCUCAGAGGAAGUUCUGUUCAACUUUGUUAGGGUGUGAAAGAGACAUUAUAUGUGUGAGCUUGAUUUCAGAUUGCGCCAGAAUGGAAUACUCUAGGUUCUCUGUACAUGAUGAACAAUUUAUCCAGGCGCUGAAGUACCCCUUUGUUGUCUCGCAGAAUUCGCUUAUUCCACCAUCGACAUACUUCCUUUGCUUUAGAGGACAGCUUCUGGAGUCUUCAAAAGACUGUCAAAGUGUCUCUGUGAACAGCUAUUGGCAUGUUCUUCCAACGUCCAUACGUCGACCAAAGUUAAGUAAUAUAAUCUCAAGACAAUGCUUAGUUUCAUUUCCAAAUCUCCCUAAGCUCAAAACAAACAGCCUUUUAACAUUGUCCUGUGUGGAUAAGUUUUUGCAAACUUCCUCUCGACAAGGCCGAGAAAGAUCGCUCUCCACCUCCUCCUUCUCUAAGGAGAGAAUUUUUCCACCAAGAUCCCUCUUUGUUAGAGGUGACCAUCUCCCGGCAUCAAAAACCGAAAACUUUACCAACUUCCUAGCCGUUUGUUAUCUUGUGUGAAGUUCCGCUUGGGGCCGGUACAUAAAAUGAUUUUCAUUUUGAUGAGAGUCGAGGUAUUGGAUGGUGACGGAUGUUUUGGCCGAAACCUAAACUAAUCGUCACUUCACAAUGAAGGUGCAUUUAGUAAAACGACCCCGAACAUCCGCAUGCUGAUGACGGAUGUUUUGGCCGUACUUCAGUUUUUGCCUCAAAAUAAGCCUACCGAGUUUUUAAUGAUUAUAUUUUGUAACUAAGAGAAAAAGGAAGAAAUGAUUUAUCCUAUGAUGUAUGCUUGCUUAUACGUGGUUAUAUAUCUAAAUUAUUAAUAUUCUAUAAAUAGAUAAUACAACAAAUGCUACAGCGUCCUUUCAAGAAAAACAAGCAAUAAUAAAUGAUCUAUAUCGUAUGUGAGGUAUUUUAAAUACGAGAAAGUAACGUUAUGGGCAUAAUGUUUGGUCAUUAGCAUGGGUCGUUUACAUUAUUUCACUCAAAUUAUUAGUAUUGAGCCACUCUAAUUCCAUACCAAAAAAAUAAUCAUUUGCCAAAUACAGUUGGAUUUUGAAAGCCACAUAUAUUUGAUUAGGGAUUUGCAUAUUCAAUUAUAUUUUUUUCUUGUAAAGUAGGGGUUUUAUAUAUAUACACCAAGUACCAAAUUAAGUGUUCUAUAUUUAUGUUUAAGAAAUUAAAUACUCUAAACAUAUAUAUAUUGAUAUAUGGAUGAGGUUGGAGCUAGUGCUUUGUCUCACAUAGAUGCUCUUUACAAAAACUUGGCCAGAGAAAGAAAAUCUUUUUACACACUUAUAUGUAUUGAAAUAAUUGUAAAAGGUAAAAAUGUACCGUGCCUAGCAGCAUAUUAUAGUCUCCUACCAUUCUCUCAUACAUACAAUUUUUCACACAUUUUUACCUUUUACAUUUAUUUCAAUAUAUGGUGAUUAUAGUUGGUAUGGUGGCUUAAUAAUUUUCGUAGUGAAUUUCCCAAUAAGAAAUUUACUGAUCAUUCUUAUACACUUUUAGCGUACACUUAUAUCUUUGGAUUAUACAUAUAUUAAGCGUACACUGUUAUAUAUUCGGAUUAUAUAGAGAUGGGUUGAACAGGAUUGAAUAUAAAGCAAUGUAAUAGAAGUGUACUUAUAUCAAACGUACACUUUAUUGUUUCCACUUAAUUGUUUUUUUUUUGUUAACUAAUUAUAAUUGUUAUCCGGGUACAAGUAGCAAGCUGCAGCACCAUUACAUCUAAAAGAAAAGAGGAGGAAGGAAGGAUCGGACAAACUGAUAAACUGAAGAAAGGGACUUAGUUUCAACUUAAUUAUAACGACAUGCAACAUGAAAUCAUCAGAUAUUCUCAAGCUAUAUAGGUAGAAAAUACAUGCAUGCGCUUAUAACGCAUAUGCAUGUAUAUUUUUUGUUUUGGUGUAAAAACUAUUUUGGAUAAACUUUUUAUAGUGACUAGACCCCACUGCAAGUGGUGCCCCAAAUUCAGGAAAAUCACUUAGGUUUUUAUUUAGAGUCAUAGUACCACCGCGGCGACAUAGAGUCGAACCUGCGACCUUUGGCAGUCGUCUGUGAAAAAGGAGACCACUGCGAUACAAGCCCUUCUCAUAUGCAUGUAUACAUGGAUAUGAAAUCAUAGAGCACAUACAAAAUCACCAUUUCUCUCAUCAUCAACAUCCACAUCGUCAUAAAUAUCAACAUCAUCAAUAUCAUCAAGAUCCAUGCUUCCAUUUAUUAAGCCUAAUCCACCACAAUUAUUCUUACCAUCCAAUCCUUUUCACGCUUCUUCUAUUAUCUUCACUAUCUCAUCAACGCUUUGUCAAAGCCUCUCUUCUUCUUCUUCAUCAUCUUCUUCUUCUUCUUGUUCUACUCCAGUCUUAUCUCCGUUACAUUUUCCCUCUGAAUUCCCCGGCAAGAGAUUCUUUAAGAACCAGGGGUGCUUUUCGAUUUCUUGUACGGUUAUUCUCUAGCAUGAUUUCAAAUUAGAAACCCGGUAUUAGCAUAUUUUUUCAAUCCGGAUUUCGGUUCGAAUGAUCAGUUUUCACGACUGGUAGCUGAUACAACGCCAUUUUAUUUAGGUUAUAUAGUUUGAUGUUAAUGAAUUAUUUCUUAAUUUUUUUUGUUUGGAUAAGUUGCGUUUUGGUUUUUAGUGUAUCUUAAAGUAAAGUCAUCAUGUAAGCAUAUUAAGAUUCAUUCUGAUUUUUUUUAUAAAUAAAAAAUCCAUUGAUUUAGCCCAUAUUGGUUAGUCCAUAUAUAUAUAUAUAUAUAUAUAUAUAUAUAUAAUUUGUUGAAUCAUACUGAACCGGUUUAGGUUUUAAUUCAUUACCUUAUCAGGGUCAGCGACGAAGAUAUGAGAUAAGAGAUGCUUGCAUUCCGAGGAAAUCCUGACGUAGUCCGGUAUGGUGAAAUGUAGGGCCUGGGCACGGAUCGGAUAUCCGAGUUUUUAAGGUAUUUUUGAUUUGCUUCGUAUGUCACGGAUAUCUAAUUUUUCAAUUUGCUUUGCUUCGGAAAAAUACGAAUGUUCAGAAAAAUGGAUAUCCAGAAAAUAAAUAGAUAUUUGCGGAUAUUUACGAAUACUUACGGAUAUCUGAUAUGUUUUGAUUAAUACAAAUAGUCUUAAUAAUUUGAUACAAAUUUGUUUUGUAAAAUAUUUUUUGCAUGAUAUAUAUGAUAAAAAUUAAAAGAAGUAGUGAAUCUACAUAUUUUGUAAA